CGGGCGGGACCGCACUGCGCUCCGGCAAUUGGCUGUGCCGUGGAGGCGGCCUGGGCCGCCGCCCGUGGGUCCGACGGAGCAGGAGCGCAGCGGCCCGGGAAGCGAGGCCUGGGGGCUGCGCUGGGUGCGGGGAGCCGCUGGGCCUGGACGUGGGCUGAGGCUUCCGGGGAGUGACCGCAGGCCACCAUGAGCAGCCAGGGCGACUACACAUUCAGGCGGGUGGCGAUCCGGCGGAAGUCAGGCUCCUACCUGCCGCCCGGGGUCCCGCGGCCCUGGAGCAGGCCCUUGCCGCACUCGCCGCGGGUUGACUGCGUCGCUGGCCCGGCCCAGCCCGCAGGCAUCAAUACCUGUCCAAAGGUCAGUCCACCUCGUACGACAAGCAACACAACCACAGAGGCUCAGGGAAUAAAUGGGAGGACACCAGCAAAACACUCAGCUGCAAGUCCAAAGCCACAAGUGCCUCCAAAGCCAUUACACCUGCAGAAUUUACCUUCAUCCCAUACACCCCAAGUCCCCAGGCAUAAAGCUUUACCGAGUACAAAACCAAGGAUGGAGGAAGCUAAUCCAGCCCCUACUUCAUGUGCCUCAAAAGGAAAACCCAGUAAGGUGUCAGAUCUCAUCAGUCACUUUGAAGGAGGCAGUGUUUUGUCAAGUUACAUUGAUUUGCAAAAAGAUUCUACAGUGAACCUAAAUAUUCCUCAGACUCCAGGACAGCAUGGAUUGACCUCCACACCUCGACAGAAAUUCCUAACGCAGCACUCUCCACAGAAGCAGGAAAAUGAUGCAGAUCAGACUCAGGGCCAACAUAGUUGUUCGGCCAACGGUGUGGUGGCAGCACAAAACCAGAUGGAAUGUGAAGAUGAGAAAGAGACAACGUGUAGCCCAGAGACCCCUGUUCAAACUGCUGUGGCCUCUCUUGAUACACACUUGGUGAAUGGAGAAAGAAAUGAAACUACCACAGAUUCUGCAUCAUCUAUAACCGAUAGCCAUGACGAAAAUGCUUCUGACAGCAGCUGCAGGGCUCCAGGAGCUGACUUAGGGCUGCGCUCCAAAGGAGGAGGGCCGGGAAUGGAAACUGAGCUACAAGAGAAGGAAAAUGGAGUGAGCACCAUGGAACUGGAUAAGCUGGACCAGCACCAUGAAAUGAAGGAGACUAAUGAACAGAAACUUCACAAAAUAGCCAGUGAACUUUUGCUCACCGAAAGAGCGUAUGUCAGCCGGCUCGACCUCUUAGAUCAGGUAUUUUAUUGCAAACUAUUAGAAGAAGCAAACCGAGGCUCAUUUCCUGCAGAGAUGGUGAAUAAAAUCUUUUCUAACAUUUCAUCAAUAAAUGCCUUCCACAGUAAAUUUCUAUUACCAGAGCUGGAGAAGCGAAUGCAAGAAUGGGAAACUACUCCCAGAAUUGGAGAUAUCCUGCAAAAGUUGGCGCCAUUCCUUAAGAUGUACGGAGAAUAUGUGAAAGGAUUUGAUAAUGCGGUGGAACUAGUUAAAAACAUGACAGAGCGUGUUCCCCAGUUCAAAUCAGUGACUGAAGAGAUUCAGAAACAGAAGAUCUGUGGAAACUUAACCCUGCAGCAUCACAUGCUGGAGCCUAUUCAGCGGAUCCCUCGCUAUGAGAUGCUCCUUAAGGACUACCUGAAGAAGCUGUCCCCUGACUCCCCAGACUGGAAUGAUGCGAAAAAAUCACUUGAAAUUAUAUCUACAGCAGCAAGCCAUUCUAAUAGUGCAAUAAGGAAAAUGGAGAACCUGAAGAAACUCUUAGAGAUUUAUGAGAUGUUGGGAGAAGAAGAAGACAUUGUAAAUCCCUCAAAUGAACUAAUAAAAGAAGGACAAAUCCUCAAACUCGCGGCUCGGAACACAUCAGCACAAGAACGCUACCUCUUCUUAUUCAACAACAUGUUACUAUAUUGUGUGCCCAGAUUCAGCUUGGUAGGUUCAAAAUUUACAGUUCGAACCAGAGUUGGCAUUGAUGGAAUGAAAAUUGUGGAGACUCACAAUGAAGAAUAUCCACACACUUUCCAGGUGUCUGGGAAAGAGAGAACACUGGAGCUGCAAGCCAGUUCUGAACAAGACAAAGAAGAAUGGAUCAAGGCCCUUCAAGAGACUAUUGAUGCUUUUCAACAAAGGCAUGAAACCUUCAGAAAUGCAAUUGCAAAGGAUAAUGACAUGCACCUAGAAGUGUCUACUGCUGAGCUAGGAAAGAGAGCCCCAAGAUGGAUACGUGAUAAUGAAGUGACAAUGUGCAUGAAGUGCAAGGAGUCCUUCAAUGCACUAACAAGAAGACGACAUCACUGCCGGGCGUGUGGACAUGUGGUUUGUUGGAAAUGUUCUGACUACAAAGCUCAGCUUGAGUAUGAUGGUGGAAGAUUGAACAAAGUCUGCAAAGACUGUUACCAAAUAAUAAGUGGAUUCACAGACAGUGAAGAGAAGAAAAGAAAAGGGAUUUUGGAGAUUGAAUCUGCAGAAGUAUCAGGAAAUAGUGAGGUGUGCAGUUUUCUCCAGUACAUGGAGAAGUCAAAACCUUGGCAGAAAAUAUGGUGUGUGAUCCCCAAGCAAGACCCCCUUGUGCUGUACAUGUAUGGCGCUCCUCAGGAUGUCAAAGCCCAGGCGACCAUACCACUCCUGGGCUACAUUGUGGAUGACAUGCCAAAGAGUGCAGAUCUGCCACACAGUUUCAAACUGACCCAGUCCAAGUCUGUGCACAGCUUUGCUGCAGACAACGAGGAACUGAAACAGAAAUGGCUGAAAAUCAUCCUUCUAGCUGUCACAGGUGAGACGCCAGAUGGCCCAAGGGAGCAUCUAGCCAGCUUGAACAAUCUCCCUGGACCCAAGAAAAAGUCAGAAUGCUAAACUGCAGCAGCUGCCAGUGUGGAGUCUCAAGUAAGACCAAUAGCUCAAGACAUCCCCAACUCUCCUUCCUCGUCUCUUAGCACUUUACAUUGAGAAAUAUGGUUUCAUAAAUACAUCUUUUGGGGACUUUUUAAAUAUGUUUUAUACUCUUAGUAAAAUCAAUGUGCAGAGCCAUUCUUCUGUUGAAGUUCUGAAAUAAUGUGGAAAGUGAAACAUUUUUGAUAAGCUAUUCCUUAACUAUGUACGUUGGCCUUGACGGGGUGGGUAACCAUGUCAAUUGAUUGUAUCACUACCUGGUUAUAAUGGGCCUUUCAUUUAAGAAAUCCUUCAAUGUCUUGUUCACUUGUAACAGUGUGAAAGAUAUACCUCCAUGUAACCAAAAUAGAUCUAUGAUUAAAAAAAAAAGUACAGGGACAGUUUAGAGAGUAUUGUCUGAACUUGUCUAGUCUCAUACUACAUUCAUGGUUUCUGUUCUUGUACAACACAAAGAAAUAUAGGUUGCUGGUGUUCAUACUUUUCGACUUAAGAUAAUACUUGUUUUUGUAGAAUUACUCCUAAUAAUAAAAUAUCUAAAAUAUCAAUCAAUGUACUUGUAUAUAGUAUUGAAAUAAGUAUGAACAUGUGAGCUUCUCUCUUCAGCUUUAGUUUUGUUUUUACUCUGGUUCAUUUUUUAAAUAUAAAACCUAUUUUAUCUCUGAACUCAGCACUGUUCUAAACUUAAUAAAAAUUUUGGGUAAUUUAUGUUUAACUGAUUGGAAUCUAAAUGUAUUCAUAUUUUUAUAGUAAAAAAAGCAGUAAUUUAUGUGGUGUAGGAUAUAGUUUGAAUUCCAACAGUAUUUUUAGAGUGCUAUUUUUUUUUUGUUCUAUACCUAUUUAAAACAGUGCCUCUCUUAGAAGGUGCUAUUAAUACUUAUUUAGAUAAAAGAUGAGGGUUUAGUUAAUGUUAACUAAACAUUAUUAUUUUACCUACUCUGAUUAUUCUCAACUUAAGUGCACUUUGGUCACUGAGAUAAAAAAUUGUAUGGAUUAUUUUACAUUUUACAAUAACAUAAUUGUCUUAGUAAUUUAAUGUCAGUGUAUACAAAAACUUUCACUAAAACUUGAACUAUAUAAGACAUCUAACUUUAUACAGACCUGGGAUAUGUGGGAAACAUUUGUUUAAUGUUUAAUGUUUUCCUUUCCAUAAGACUAUUGUGAAUGGUAAUAAUGAACACUUAAGAUAACUGUGUGAGCUUUCCUUUUAUCAGCUACAAAAGCUUAUACAUGUUCCAACUUACUUGGGAAAAGGAGUUACUAGAUAUAUAGUAGAGGAAAUUUAUGCUUAAUCAUGCACUAGAAAAGAAAGCCGAAAUCAGUAUUGCAGAAUCAAUAAUGGCAGGUUUCCAGGAGAUGCAAAACAUUGAAGAAAGUACAGAAUUAUUCUCCUUUUUUUAUCCCACAUGGAAUCUCAGAUGAACUAUGGCUGUCUAUUAUAAAUAUAAAGUCUGCUCUUCAUUAGUUUGUAACUAAAAUGUCAUGUUGAAUUGACUAUUUAACUUUUAAUACUUUUCUCAGAGGGUUUUUUCUCACUUUCCCAUACUCCAAGCAUUACCACUUUUACGGUACUGUUUACUAGGAAUCGAUAAGAAUGUCUCCACUACACACAGUCUUUAAGGGCUACACUUGAGAUGUAAGUAUGGUUACUCAGAAUUUGAGACCACCACACGUUUGUUUAUACAGCUCAUGCUGCAUAAGUAAUGUCUCUUGUUUUUCCUACUUCAAAGGAGCAAAGGAACCAACCAGGUUCCCUUUGUCCAUGAAAUCCCAGACAUGAUCACUAACAUUAAAUCAUCUACUCAGAGCCACCAGUGGGAGAAACAAAAAGCCAACGUCUUAUUCCCUACUAAAUGAGGGCCGAAAAAAAAGAAAAAAGAAAGAAAUUGUACAUUGUUUUUCUUUUCUAGUUGUCUGCAUUGAUGCUGCGUUUGGGUGGGAGAGAUAGGUGUGCAGGGUACCUGUGGACAAAAUUAAACAGUAGCUAGACUUGUUACUUUACUUUUCAUAUCUCAAGAAAAGAGAAGCAGUAAAAUGUAGAAUGACUAUCAAAAUAAAGAUAAAUAUUUUGUAAAUAUAAAUAGAAUAAUGAAUGAGAUAUUCCACUUAGAAGAUUUAUGUCAGAUUAUUAAAAAAUAUUUGAUCAGCAAGAAGACUACAUGUUUGCCUACCAGCAAAUUCUUGAAUAGAAGUAAUGUGGAUAGAUAUUCAGUGUUGUUUAACUUAGAUUAUUGAAAGAAUACUCAUAAAAAGGAUGUUAGCAUGCUCUUAUUGUUCAUUAAAUAAGGAAUGUUAGUGCCAGAAGAGGAUCUGUGGCCAUUCCGGUUGCCACCUUUACCACCCUCACCAUACUCUUAGCCAAGCACAGUGAGCAGCUGUCCCCAUCUCACUCUCAAAAGAAUCACUAAUAUUUUCAGUAGGAGAAUUAAGAAAAGUAAUAGAAUAGUAAUAUUAGUUACUUAUUAAAAACUCAGCUCUGGGGCUAAGGAGACUUCUAUGCAAGGAUGAGAAACAGAGUUCAGUCAGAUCUCCAGAACCCACACAAAGGCCAGAUGAGCAUGGCUCAGCACAGCAGAGGCAAGGACAGGAGACCCUGGUGCAGGUUCGCUAGCCAGAUGAGCCAAAGCAGCGAGUACAGGUGCAGCAAGUCACCUUGCCUCAGUGAGGUAGAGAGGUACCAAGGAAGUCACUUGACAUGAAACUCAGAUCUCUACACAUAUGCUCAACUACCUAAGUAUAUGUGAACAUAUGCAUGGAUAACGUGUGCUUAUACACAUAUUCAAAAAUUAAUUUAAAUAAACUCUAAUCCAAGAGGUAAUUAGAAUAGUUAACCUCUUCUGAGAUAACUGAGGUUUCAUGAUAAAUUGAACCUGAAAAUGUAAGUUACUUUCCUAUUCAAAUAAAUGUUCUAUGUGGUUCUUAAUUUGUUGUUUUUUCUAAUUCAAUGCUUUCAAAAGUCAUCUUCAAGAGAAGUGUCCUUGCAAACUUAAGAAAGUAUUUAUUUAGUAAAACCAUUACUCAUUCAAAGCAUUCCACUUUUUAACUUAAACACUGCUUUUGUUGGAAGUCUACCAUUUGGUAAAAGUGAGAUGUGGUGCAUACUUUAUCUUGAGUUUUUUUUAAUGGAAUUCAAUAAUGAAAAAUACCACUAGCCACUUUUGUAAUAAUGGCAAGCAAUAAAACUCUCCAGGUAUGAGUUUAUGCUGAAAGUGUAAGGCCCUAAGCCACAGCAUAUAGAGAAUCAGCUUCCUAGCAGUGACAUGGUAAUUGAAAUUGCUGAGCACGGGGAAAGAAGGGAGCGGAAGCCAUUGUUCCAUGGUUUCAGAUACUAUCAACUGUGUCUUAGUUUUGCAAAGAAUAUGUACUAUUUUCAUUGGGUAAACUACACCAAUUAUUUUUAAUUAUAAAAAUUAACCUUGUAAAUGUUUCCUGUGGAAUUUUCUAAACAGAGUAUUUGUUGCAGUCACAACUGUUUAAAAAAAAACUGUAAAUUCUGCGGUACUUCAGGGUUAUUGAAGAGUCAUUGAUCCUUCUAAAAGCCUUUUCCCAAAAAUACUUCUGGGGUUCAUGAUUCUGUUUUUCCUUCUCCUCCUUGUUGAGAUAGAAAUGGUUUUUCUCCUUCAAUUAUUUUCAAUUAUCAUUUGUUUAUCUCCAAAGCCUUAAGUUAUUCAGAGCUUUUUGUCUGCAAUGCAUUGUUAAUCAGGAGCUCUCUGCAGGUGUUGUCAUAGCAAAUGGGCAGAAAUAAGAGCAAAUAACUGUCUAGGAAACACAGGUCUUGUUCCGGCAGUUAUCUCUGGUGUUUAUACAGAGUAGAAAGUAACUUUACUUUCUUACAUCACAUGAUAUUCCUGUUAAUAGAUCGAAGAUAAGCACAUGGUAUUUAUAAUCUAAAAUCUGAAAAACAAGAAAAUCUUUGUAUUUUCUUUAAUGUUGUGUUCUUCAAGUGUAUGAAUGUAUGAACUAUGGCUAAAGAGUUCCUCUUGUUAGAAUUAUGUUGAUAUCGAUAGUGGAUUCUGUAACUUCUUCACUCUUAGUUCCAUUAGAAUCAAAUUACUUUUUAUUUUAAUAUAACUACUAAGCUAUAGGUUCCCUAGAUUUAAAAAAAAAUGAGUAUUAGACCACUUGAUCUAUCUAAAAGACCUAUCUGUGACUUUAUAUGUAUAAAUGUAAAAAAUAUUACUCUUCAAUUCUCACCAAAGGAACAAAAUGUUAUGUAAAUUUUAAUUUAAGUGUUUUAACAAAAAUUAUUCACAGGUAUUCAAUGUUAUAAUUCUUCUUUACACAUGCCCUUCAAUCUUCCCAGGUUACAGGAAGAGACAAUGUUGCUUUUGUUGCAGGUGUAGAGAGAAGAAUGUGGUUAGCAGCAGAAACAACAGAAAUGAAUAGAUAUGGGUAAACGGGCUGCUGGUCUCCAGGGAAGAGCAACACAGCAAAACACUGAGCUGCGCACUGGAAAUCAAGUAGAAGCUAUCCAUGUACUUGGUUGUUGAUGGAAUCCUUGUACCCAGGCUUUGGCCUUAGCCUCUAAAUUGUAGAUGACACUAUCUUAUUAUUACUUUCUUUUUCCUUUAAGCUUUUAAAAAAUAAUUUCAUUCUAUAAAUGAUUUUCUGCUGGUUUUGGCUCUAAAUUCAACUCUCUAAGCUAAGGGCAUGGCCAAAUGCUGUGUCUUUUAUGUAUUUCAAGAUAAAAUAAAACAUGGCUUCUACAAGACAGUUAAUUUGUUGGGGGAGCAUCCCUGAAAGUUGCAAGAAGGUUUUCCUUUGUCCUGAAAUUCAUUUUGGUCAAUUUAAUAAAAUAUUAAGUCAUAUUUUAAUAUAUUUUAAUAAGUGAAUGCUAAAUACAAAGUAAAGACAUGUUUGGGGACAAACAGGCCAUAGAGCCCAUUGUGAUGACAGAAUUGCAUUGUGUAUUAUGGUUUAUGAAAACUCAAAUGUAUCAUAGGUACCAUUAGCAUAUAAUCAUUCACAUAUAAAACCAAACUGGUAUUUCAUCUUUUAAGAGACAAUUAACUGUUAUUUAAAAAUAAGUAUUAUCUUGAUUUUUCUUUUGACAUGUUGACUGAGUUUGAAAGGGCAUAUCAGAAUAUUAUAGUUGACUCUAAUGUGAAAAAAUAAACACCCAAUUUUCCAGUGGUAUGAAUGUAAAAUACUUGGACAUAGUGUAUAUAUAGUGUAACAUCUGUAUAUUUGAUCAUAAAGUCAGGUAAUUGAAAACAUUGUAAAAUUAAACCCUUCAAUUCUUGUUAAAUAUGAAACAUUUGUAUCUUGUAAAUAAAGAUCCUUAAAUUGGUUCUGGA